AUGCUCGUGCUCACAUUCGUCUGCUAUUUCUUAAUUGCUACAGUAUUGGCUGAAUUUCGGGACACCGUCGUUCCGGCGGGUUUGCAGCAAACGUAUAAGGGGUUUCCACCUCUGCGGCCAACACUGGUAUCCGGCUCUGCCAAAUGGACCUCCGCAGAUUUGCCAGCCGAGAACUACUGCCCCUCCAUGAGCGGCCACCUGGUCAACAUCAUCGACCGUGCCGAGAAUGACUUUGUCCACCAAAUACGAAAGAAAAACGACAUCUGGAUCGGUCUGAACAAACUGCGAACGACACGCCACAGGUUUACAGAGUGGAGCGACGGGCAGUCAGCCGAUUACAUCAACUGGGACUCGACGCAACCGAACGAGCCGAAGGUGGACUGCGUGUACAUGGCGUACAGCCAGGAGCAGCCGGGCACCUGGUUCGACUACGGCUGCUGGGAGCACCGGCAGCAGUAUUUCGUAUGCAAACUGCCGACGCCU